AUGAAUGAACUUGCUCGGAUUGCAGCUCAAUCGAUAGGCGCCAAAUUUUGUAUUGAUAUACAAAAAUGCCCUGAUGGCAUGUACAACAAGUGUUAUGUCCUAACCAUGGACGACGGAAAGGAGGUCAUUGCCAAAGUGCCUAACCCUAACGCCGGCCGCCCUCAUUUCACUACAGCAAGUGAAGUGGCAACGAUGGAUUUUGCCCGUAAUGUGCUUGGAACACCGGCUCCAAAGGUGUAUACCUGGGAUUCUUGCGCAACAAAUCCUGUAGGUGUGGAAUAUAUCGUCAUGGAGAAAAUGCCUGGUAUCCAGCUCAGGCAAGUUUGGAGCCACAUGAAACUCGUUGAAAAGAUGAAUCUUUGCCUUGAUCUUGCUCGUUAUCAAUCUGCAUGGCUUUCUGUGACAUUCUCACGGUUUGGUGGACUUUAUUAUACCCAGGACGCGCAAGAUCUUAACCCAGGGCAAAAAACUCAUCUUUACAUUGAUGAGAAAGGUAAAAAAGUGCAAAAUAGUCGUUUUACAAUUGGCCCUAUUACGAGCAGAGAAUGGUUCGACUGUGGAAGGGCUGGGUUGGAGUGUGAUCGUGGACCAUGGCAUCGGGAAAAGUUGGCUAUUUCAACUUUGGGCACUUUGCCAAAACAGACAGUUAUGGUAUGUGGCCCUGGCCUCUACCAACCAGAUAGAAGCAAGAAGCUAUCCGCUGUGGACUGGUAUUUGCAAAUUGUCGAUGCCCUCAUCCCCGCUGAAAGUGGGAGUAUCACGACACCCUGUCUUUGGCAUGACGACCUCCACGAUGAGAAUAUAUUUGUUGAUCCAAGCAACCCGUCCAAAGUUGCCGGGAUUAUAGAUUGGCAAUCUGUCAACAUUCUCCCACUCCUUGAUCACAAUCCUGAUGCUUCUUUCAUUGAUUAUGAUGGCCCAGAGCCAGAAAAUCUGGACCGACCUGAACUUGACAAUAUCGAUGAUCUGUCAGAAUCAGAAAAAGUAGAGGCGGUACGGAAAUUCCACCAGAAGGCUCUAUUCAUUGCCUCACGAAAGAUUAUGUUGAAAAAGGUUCCUAAGGCGUAUGAUGCGAUUGAGUAUCAACGAACAGAGAGUUAUGAUCUACUUGUUCUAGCACGCCGCUUGCUCGAGUUUGGUGAAGCUCAUUUCCAUGCACUCGUAGUAGAAUUGCGUGAGGCAUGGGCGGGACUUCCGGCAAACAAUACCAACAUGAACCAUACCAAAGCUUUUCCCAUUACACUUACUAAGGAUCAAAUAGCUGAGAUCCGAAUUGAUUGUCAGAAUGCGAUUCGUGGAAUGCAGAUUAUGAAUGAUUUCAAAGUCCGACUUGGUCCACUCUGGCCGGACAAGGAUGCAGUAGGCCAUGAGCAGUACAACGCGACAAAGGAUGCCCUCCGAGUACUGAGAGAAGAAAUAAUACAGGAAUUUGGAAAGUCUGAAGCAGAUAAGAUUGGAAUAAAACAUCAAUGGCCUUUUGAUGGUUAG